AUCCGUCACUCUCCACUGUUUAAGAAACACCUGUCGGAAGACUCUGUUGCCUUUUCACCUUCAUUUCCUUCGGAUAUUCACAAUAAAUUACCGUUAAGAUACAAAAAUAAGUUGAUUUUAUUUUUAACUUUUGAAAUAUAGAUCGGUGAAGGACAAUUCCGUCAGUCCAAAUUUUCAUAAUCUCGAUUUUCGUUUUCCCUAUUUUUUCUCAUUAGAUUUGAUUUGGCGGUGCGAACGGUGAAUUCUUUAGGGAACACGACGAGUUUCAUCGAAGAGAGUCAUUGAUCCGAAGAGAGUUGUGACUUUAGGGAUUGUUUGACACAGAGGGGAACUUAAAAAAGAAAGAAAAAGAAUUACCGUUUGUGUUAUUCCUUUUGCUGUUUUUUUUUUAUUAUUAUUUGAAUUGAUGGGCUUUUUGAGUACUGUGUUGGGUUUUUGUGGAUUCGGAGUUGGGAUUUCAGCGGGUCUUGUAAUCGGUUACUCCUUCUUCAUCUACUUCCAGCCUAGCGAUGUCAAGGAUCCUAAAAUCCGGCCAUUGGUUGAUCAAGAUUCAGAGACAUUACAAAAGAUGCUUCCAGAGAUACCUCUCUGGGUAAAAAAUCCAGACUAUGAUCGUGUUGAUUGGAUAAACAAGUUUUUGGAAUAUUUGUGGCCUUAUCUUGACAAGGCGAUUUGUACAACUGCCAAGAAUAUUGCCAAACCCAUAAUUGAUGAGCAAAUUCCAAAAUAUAAAAUUGAUGCUGUUGAAUUUGAAACACUUACAUUAGGAUCUUUGCCGCCAACUUUCCAAGGUAUGAAGGUUUAUGUCACAGAUGAGAAAGAGUUAAUCAUGGAACCAUUAAUUAAAUGGGCUGGAAAUCCUAAUGUUACUGUUGCUGUAAAGGCAUUUGGUCUGAAGGCAACUGUUCAGGUUGUGGAUUUGCAAGUGUUUGCUCUACCACGUAUUACCUUGAAGCCUUUGGUCCCAAGUUUUCCAUGUUUUGCAAGUAUCUUUGUGUCCUUGAUGGAGAAGCCCCAUGUUGACUUUGGGUUGAAGCUUAUAGGGGCUGAUCUCAUGUCAAUACCUGGUCUCUACAGGUUUGUCCAGGAGCUCAUCAAAGAUCAGGUUGCAAACAUGUAUCUAUGGCCUAAAACCCUGCAAGUACAAAUUCUGGAUCCAGCAAAAGCUUUUAAGAGACCUGUAGGAAUGCUCCAUGUGAGAGUUGUAAGGGCAAUGAAGCUAAGAAAGAAAGAUCUUUUGGGUGCAUCAGACCCUUAUGUGAAACUAAAGCUAACUGAGGAUAAGCUCUCAUCUAUGAAAACCACUGUGAAGCACAAAAACUUGAACCCUGAAUGGAAUGAGGAAUUUGAUAUUUUUGUUAAAGAUCCUCAAACCCAGGCCUUAGAGCUUCGUGUUUUUGACUGGGAGCAGAUUGGCAAGCAUGAAAAGAUGGGUAUGAAUGUGAUUCCUUUGAAAGAACUUACUCCUGAGGAGCCAAAAGUUAUGACCCUUGAACUCCUUAAAAAUAUGGACUUAAAUGACACACAAAAUGAGAAGUCACGUGGCCAGCUUGUGGUGGAACUGACAUAUAAGCCCUUCAAAGAAGAUGAAAUACCAAAAUCUUUUGAGGAGUCAAAAACAGUGCAGAAGGCUCCUGAGAAUACACCUGAUGGUGGAGGUGUGCUUGCAGUCAUAGUCCAUGAGGCACAAGAUGUUGAAGGAAAGCACCACACUAAUCCAUAUGUGCGUGUUCUCUUUAGAGGCGAGGAGAAAAAAACUAAGCAUGUAAAGAAAAACAGAGAUCCAAGAUGGGAAGAGGAGUUUCUAUUUAUGAUAGAUGAACCCCCCAUUAAUGAGAAAUUGCAUGUGGAAGUUCUCAGCAAUUCAUCAAGGAUAGGCCUGCUGCACUCAAAGGAAUCACUAGGUUAUAUCGAUAUCAAUCUUUCAGAUGUUGUUAACAACAAAAGAAUCAAUGAGAAAUACCAUCUCAUAGACUCAAAGAAUGGACGGAUCCAGAUUGAGUUGCAAUGGAGAACAAAAUAAGCUUAGUGUGUUUCUUUCUUUUCUUACCUUGAAUAUUGUUGGACUUUUAUGAAUUAAGGAUACUGCAUCAAAGGAAACCAUUUCUCAAUCUGUCAUCAGAUUGAAGAUUGAAUAGGUCAUUUUAUUUGUUUGUUUCUAUACAUGAUUGUAAUAAUAGCACCAACGACGCAGGAUUUCUAGUUCUCAAGCUUGUAAGAUAGAAAUGAAAACAGUUAUGCUUUGGACAAUAUAUGACGGUUUGAGGUCUUCAUA